AUGAUUUCAACACGUUUUCUCAAAAAACUUUCAUCUCCUUCUUCAUCUGCUAUUCGAAGUUUUAUGGUUGGUUGGUUUCAAUGAUCUUUUCAACAACAAACAUCAUUGAUAAAAAUAAUAUAAAACAUAAAUUUUUUUGUUGUGUCUCUCUAAAAUAUUUUUUCUAAUAACUAACUUAGCCAAAAAUAUUCCAGAUAUCCUCUCCCUCAAAAAUGUCGUCUCGUUCCCCACCAGCUGAACUUCUCCAAGAGAUGGUUGUCCCACCACGUCAACUUUUCGGGCCGGGACCAUCAAAUAUGGCUGAUGCGAUUGCGGAGACCCAAUCCAAGAAUCUUUUGGGACAUUUGCAUCCGGAAUUUGUGAAGAUUAUGAGUGAUACUAGAUUGGGUAUUCAGUAUGUUUUCAAAACUCAAAAUGCCUAUACUUUUGCAGUUAGUGGAACUGGUGAGUUUUUUUUUUUUUGAGGGGGAUUUUUGAUAAGAAAAUUUGGGUGAACCUAGAAAUACAUCCUAUAAAAGAGAAGGUUCUAGAAAAUUUCUGUUUGCACUACUAACAUAAUUUCUAAUCUUGAACCCAAAAGUUCAAUUAUUGAUUUUUAGGCCACGCUGGAAUGGAAUGUGCGUUGGUGAAUUUGUUGGAACGUGGCGAUCGCUUCUUGUCAGUUGAAAUCGGUUUGUGGGGUGCAAGAGCGGCGGAUUUGGCGAGUCGAAUGGGUUGUGAAGUGAGAAAAGUCACCGCGCCACACGGAAAAGCUGUGACUGUUGAGGAACUUGAAAAGGUUGGCGAGGGUUUUCAACAAAAAAAAAAGCUUACAAGGGAACCUUUUUUACUCAACACUUCAAAUCAUGAUGAAAUUUUGUCCAGAGACAGCUUUUGGGGUCAUAAGAACACCCUAAAAAUUUAAGUCUCCCAAUGGACCUCUGAGUCAAGUUCUGGGCUCUCAAAAACUCAAAAAAGGCCUAAAAAUGGUCAUAAAAGUCAUCAUAGCUCCAUUUCAAAAAUUUUUUUUGGGAGAAAUGAAGUUUCAGAUAUUGAUCAGCAUAGUCGAUUCCCUAAAAGUACAUCAAUAAAAAACUUUAUUUCGAAAAAUUUUGAAGUUUUUUAUUUUUGGGCUGAAAAUUCAUAUGUGCCCCUGCUCAUUGUUUUUUUCAAAGUCAACAUUUUUCUGAAAAUUUGAUUUAUUGAUGCUUUUUGGGUAAAUCGACCACGCUGAUCAUCAUCUGCUACUCAGUUUUUCAUAAAAUUGAUCGAGAAUUGAGUUAUGACGUGUUUUAUGAGCCAAUUUUGGCAAUUUUUGAACUUUUGAGAGCCCAGAACUUGGCCUAGAGGUCCAUUAGGUAACUAAGAUUUUUAGGGUGUUCUUAUGGCCCCAAAAGCUGUCUCUGGACAAAAUUUCAUCAUGAUUUGAAGUGUUGAGUAAAAAAGGUUUCCUUGUUAGAGACCCGAAAAAUCAUAAGAAAUGUGUAGUGUAAAUAGUGUUUUUUUUUUUGCAAAAAAAACGUGUCCGCCGCAAAUCAUAUCAUCAUUUCUAAAUUUUAUUAGGUCAAAAAAUUGAAACGUAUUUUUUCCCAGUUUUCAAAAAGUGAGAACUUCCAGCUGGUAAUGAGUGGUGUAACUGGUUAGGGGUUUGCCUACCGAGUUGAACGUCCCAUGUUCGAUCCCAUCCGGACAAAAUUGAUUUUUAACCAAUUCCAGGCAAUCACCGAAUUCAAACCACACGUCGUUUUCGUUUGCCAAGGUGAAUCAUCAACUGGCGUCGCUCAACCACUCGAAAAAAUUGGCGAUAUCUGCCAUCAAAAUGGUGCACUCUUCUUGGUGGACACUGUUGCUUCACUUGGCGGAACACCUUUCGAUUCGGAUGCUUUGGGUGUUGAUUGUGUUUAUUCGGCGACGCAGAAGGUUUUGAAUGCUCCACCGGGACUUGCGCCAAUUUCAUUUUCGGAUAGAGCUAUGUGAGAUUUUUUGGGAAUUUUUUUCUUUUGAAAAAUGGUGGAAUUUUUAGUUGAAAAAAAAUAUCAUAAAAUAAAUUCCGAUAAAAUUUUGAAACGUAUUUUUUCCGGGAUUUCAAAAUAGUUCCAAGAAGGAAUCGAACUGGGACCUUUUGCCUGCUAUUAUUUAUGUGGUUAGAGAGUUAAAGAUCAAUUUUCCUCAAUUUUCAGCCAAAAAAUCCGCUCGCGCUCUCAACGUGUUGCCUCAUUUUAUUUCGACGCCUUAGAACUUGGAAAUUAUUGGGGAUGUGAUCAGGAAUUGAAAAGGUAUGUUGAUUUUUUUUUCUCAAAAAAAAUCCCCAAAUUUCUCGUCCUUCUUCCUCUAAAAUGAAAAUAAAAAUGAAAAUACGAGUGAAAACGAGAAUUCCAUUGAAUUGAAAAUAAAAAAACAAAUUUUAGAGAUUUUAUCUGUUUUGAAUUGAAAUGAGUGAAAGAAACUGGAUUUCAAAAUAUAAAAAAAUAAAAAACAUCAAGGUCAAAAUGUCAUAUUUUUGCAGAUACCAUCACACGGCUCCUAUUUCAACAGUUUAUGCUUUGAGAGCCGCUUUGCAAGCGAUUGCAAAAGAAGGAAUUGAUGAAACAAUUGAAAGACAUCACAAAAAUAUUCAAUAUUUGUAUGAGUUAUUGAAAAAUAACAAUUUGGAACCAUUUGUGGAGGAUGAGAAAUUGAGAUUGCCUUGUUUGACAACUAUUAAGGUUCCCGAAGGUGUUGAUUGGAAAGAUGUUGCGAGUGAUUUGAUGGGACAAGGUGUUGAGGUAUUGGAAGGUUUUGGGAAUUAAAUUUUGAAAAUUUAAAUGAAGAAGCGAUGUGGAAGUUUACAAAGUUUCAAAUUUUUCGGCCUAAAAAGAGCCACGUGGCAAAAUUUCAAAAAUUACAACGUAGAAAAUUUCAAUGAAUUCAAAUUUUUUGGCUCCAAAAAAGCCACUUGUCAAAUUGUCAAAACUUUUUGGAGUCGAAAAAUUCCACGUGGAAAAUAUUUGAAAUUUGCCAACCUUUUUUUUUAGAAAAAAAAAAGCGAAUUUUUUCCCAAUUUCUGCAAUUUUUUCAUUCUCAUCCUAUUGAAAAAGUAAUUUUUCGAAAAAUUCUGAGGAAAUUUUGAAACAGUGAAUUUUUCCUGGCCAUCAAAUUUUCAAUUAUUUUCCCAGAUACGUAGAAAAUUUCAAUGAAUUCAAAUUUUUUGGCUCCAAAAAAAGCCACCUGGCAAAUUGUCAAAACUUUUUGGAGUCGAAAAUGCCACGUGGAAAAUGUAUGAAAUUUGCAAUCUUUUUUUAAAGAAAAAUUCUCCUAUUUAAUUUUUUUCCAAAUAUUUUCUCUAACUACAAAUUGAGAAAAUUAUGAAUUUUUACAAUUUCUGCAAUUUUUUCAUUCUCAUCCUAUUGAAAAAGUAAUUUUUCGCAAAAUUUUGAAGAAUAUUUGAAACAGUGAUUUUUCCCUGUGAUCAAAUUUUCACAAUUUCUAUUUUCCAGAUUGCUGGUGGACUUGGCGCAACAGUGGGAAAGAUUUGGCGCGUCGGAACUUUCGGAAUCAAUUCAGAUCGUGCGAAAAUCGAAAAAGUUAUUGGACUUUUGGCUGCAGCUGUCAACAAGAGAAGGUCUAAACUUUAAGUUUUUUGCUUUUUAAUUUCAGCCUCAAAAUUUUCAGAUAGACGUCGAUAUUAUAAUUUUGCUAAUUUUCUAUUUAUUGCACCCUGGAAAUAAUCAUAAAAUUUAAAUUUUUAUUGAUUUUUCAGGAAAAAACAAGUAUUAUUUACACGAUGCGCAAAAAUUCAAUGA